AUGCAAGGAAUUCAACAUGAUAAGAGGCUACCACAAGUUUCAAAUCCAAAAACACAAUCGUUUAUAAACGAAACGUGGUUAAUAGAAAACGAGUUAAAUUCACUUUCUUCAAACAUUUCAAAUAUACUAUCUAUACAAACCCAAAUAACAAUUGCAACUUCAGAUAAAAAUGAAAUUUCAUUACUCAAAUCUCGUGAUUCAUUAAUAAGUUUAACGAAGAAUUUAUUAAUUUCAACGAAAAAUAAAAUAAAAUCACUUGAAGUACAAAAUUUAAAAGAAGUUGGAGCCUCUUCGACUGCGAAUGAUUUUGAAUUUAGGAAUCAACGAAUAAUCCAUCUUAAAGAAAAAUUUAUUCAAUGUUUGGAAACUUAUAAAGAUAUUGAAAAUAAUUAUAUGAAACAACAAAAGGAACGUUUAAAUAGACAAUUUAAAAUUGUAAAUCCGAACGCAAAUUAUGAUGAUAUCGCUGAAACCGAUCGGCCUGUUUUUCUUCAAUCUAUAAUGAAUACUAUAAAUCAACGUCAAAAUGUUGAGGACUCAAAACGCGUUUUAGAAGAAGUGAAUAGACGUCAUGAUGAUAUUAAACAAAUUGAGAGAACUAUUGUCGAAUUAGUUGAAUUAUUUGAAGAAAUGAAAUUACAGGUCGAAUUACAAGAUUAUAUUAUCGUAAAAAUUGCAAAUGAAGUAGAAAUGGUUGAAAAUGAUGCAAAAGAUGCAACAGUUGAAUUAAAACAUGCUGAGAAUAUUAUCGAACAAUUAACGGAAAGAAAGGUUUAA